GAUACAUAAUUUUUCGGACCCUCGCACUGCAAAAGUUCUUCAUUCGCUGAGAGUUGAAUUGAAAUAAUUGUGAAAAAUGCCAUCGGUAGUGAAAUAAAACAAAACUACAGGAUAAGCAAAGCUGCCCACGCGGUCAACAUGUUCCGGCCAAGUUGGACUCCAUUCGCCAGCCUGCUGUUCCUGCUCCUUUGGAGCACCGCCUGGGGCAGGACUGCCAAGAGAUCGGACGUCUAUAUAGCCGGAUUCUUCCCCUACGGCGAUGGCGUGGAGAACUCCUACACAGGACGAGGGGUUAUGCCCAGCGUGAAGCUGGCUCUCGGCCAUGUCAACGAACAUGGCAAGAUUCUGGCCAACUACAGACUGCACAUGUGGUGGAAUGACACACAGUGCAAUGCUGCUGUGGGCGUAAAGUCCUUCUUCGAUAUGAUGCACUCGGGGCCAAAUAAAGUGAUGCUCUUCGGGGCGGCCUGCACCCACGUGACCGAUCCCAUUGCCAAGGCCAGCAAGCACUGGCACCUCACGCAGCUGAGCUACGCGGACACCCAUCCCAUGUUCACCAAGGACGCGUUCCCCAAUUUCUUUCGGGUGGUGCCCUCGGAGAACGCCUUCAAUGCACCGCGACUGGCGCUGCUCAAGGAGUUCAACUGGACCAGGGUGGGCACUGUCUACCAGAACGAACCGCGCUAUUCGCUGCCCCACAACCACAUGGUGGCCGACUUGGACGCCAUGGAGGUGGAGGUGGUGGAGACGCAGAGCUUCGUCAACGACGUGGCCGAAUCACUCAAGAAACUCCGCGAGAAGGACGUCAGGAUCAUUCUGGGCAACUUCAACGAGCACUUUGCCCGCAAGGCCUUUUGCGAGGCUUACAAAUUGGACAUGUACGGAAGGGCUUACCAGUGGCUGAUAAUGGCCACUUAUUCCACAGAUUGGUGGAAUGUCACGCAGGACAGUGAGUGCAGUGUGGAGGAGAUAGCCACAGCUUUGGAAGGAGCUAUCCUGGUGGAUCUUCUGCCCCUGUCCACAAGUGGUGACAUCACAGUUGCUGGAAUUACUGCAGAUGAGUAUCUGGUGGAGUACGAUAGACUACGGGGCACUGAGUAUUCCCGCUUUCAUGGAUAUACCUAUGAUGGAAUUUGGGCAGCCGCCUUAGCCAUUCAAUAUGUGGCCGAAAAGCGCGAGGAUCUGCUAACACAUUUCGAUUAUCGAGUGAAGGAUUGGGAGAGCGUCUUUCUUGAGGCCCUGCGAAAUACCUCUUUUGAGGGUGUGACGGGUCCCGUGCGCUUUUACAACAACGAACGCAAGGCCAACAUCCUGAUCAACCAAUUUCAGUUGGGACAAAUGGAAAAGAUCGGCGAAUACCACUCGCAAAAGUCCCAUUUAGAUUUGAGUUUGGGAAAACCAGUGAAAUGGGUGGGAAAAACUCCCCCCAAAGAUCGAACUCUGAUCUACAUCGAGCACAGUCAAGUGAAUCCAACAAUCUAUAUUGUUUCGGCCAGUGCUUCGGUUGUUGGAGUGAUUAUUGCAACUGUUUUUCUGGCCUUUAACAUAAAGUAUCGCAAUCAACGUUACAUCAAGAUGUCUAGCCCACAUCUGAACAAUCUGAUUAUUGUGGGCUGCAUGAUGACCUAUCUGAGCAUUAUUUUCCUGGGACUGGAUACCACUUUGAGCAGCGUGGCAGCAUUUCCCUAUAUUUGCACAGCCAGAGCCUGGAUCCUGAUGGCUGGAUUUAGCCUUAGUUUUGGAGCCAUGUUCUCAAAGACUUGGCGGGUUCAUUCAAUAUUCACCGAUCUUAAACUGAACAAGAAAGUUAUAAAGGACUAUCAGUUGUUUAUGGUUGUUGGCGUGCUGCUGUUCAUUGACAUAGCCAUUAUAACCACCUGGCAAAUAGCAGAUCCUUUUUAUCGAGAGACUAAACAAUUGGAACCACUGCAUCACGAGAAUAUUGAUGAUGUUUUGGUGAUACCCGAAAACGAAUACUGCCAAUCCGAACACAUGACCAUAUUCGUUAGCAUUAUUUAUGCCUACAAGGGCUUGCUAUUGGUAUUUGGCGCCUUUUUGGCCUGGGAAACGCGACAUGUUUCCAUACCCGCCUUGAACGACUCCAAGCACAUUGGCUUCUCCGUUUACAAUGUGUUCAUCACGUGUCUGGCCGGAGCGGCUAUAUCCCUGGUGCUAUCGGACCGCAAGGAUUUAGUUUUUGUCUUACUCUCGUUUUUUAUCAUUUUUUGUACGACAGCCACUUUGUGUUUGGUGUUCGUACCGAAAGUAAGACUGGUAUUGGUGGAGCUGAAAAGGAAUCCCCAGGGAGUGGUGGACAAGCGGGUGAGGGCCACCUUGAGACCCAUGUCCAAGAAUGGACGAAGGGACUCGUCGGUCUGCGAACUGGAGCAGCGUUUGCGGGACGUGAAGAACACGAACUGCCGAUUUAGAAAGGCUCUGAUGGAGAAGGAGAACGAGCUGCAGGCCCUAAUUCGCAAGCUAGGACCCGAGGCCCGCAAGUGGAUUGAUGGAGUGACCUGUACAGGUGGCUCCAAUGUGGGCAGUGAACUGGAGCCCAUCCUAAGCGACGAUAUAGUAAGGCUAUCGGCACCGCCAGUGCGUCGGGAAAUGCCCAGCACCACAGAAGUUACCGAGAUGACAUCCGUGGACAGUGUGACCUCGACCCAUGUGGAAAUGGAUAACUCCUUUGUCUCGGUGCAGUCCACUGUGAUGGCGCCUUCACUUCCUCCCAAAAAGAAAAAGCAAUCCCUUGUGGAGCACCACUCGCAUACGCCCGCUCCCACCAUGAUGCAGCCCAUCCAGCAGCAGCUGCAGCAGCACCUCCAGCAACAUCAGCAAAUGCAACAGCAACACCAACAGCAGCAGCAACAGCAGCAGCAGCAAAUGCAACAGCAACAGCAGCAGCAGCAUCACCAGCAGCAACAUCACCGCCAUUUGGAUAAGCGCAACUCGGUGUCCGCGCAGACGGAUGAUAAUAUUGGGAGCAUCACCAGUACGGUGGGCAAAAGGAGCACCGGCGACUGCUCCAGCAUGCGGGAAAGGCGGCAGUCGAACGCUUCGCGGCACUACGACAGCGGCAGCCAGACGCCCACCGCCCGGCCAAAGUACAGCAGCUCGCACCGCAACUCCUCCACCAACAUCUCCACCUCGCAGUCCGAGCUGAGCAACAUGUGUCCCCACUCCAAGCCCAGCACGCCGGCUGUGAUCAAAACUCCCACUGCCUCGGACCAUCGCCGCACCAGCAUGGGCUCCGCCCUGAAGUCGAACUUCGUGGUGUCGCAGAGCGACCUCUGGGACACGCACACACUGUCGCACGCCAAGCAGCGGCAGUCGCCGCGCAACUAUGCCAGUCCGCAGCGCUGUGCGGAGCACCACGGCGGCCACGGGAUGCCGAUGCCCUAUGACCCCAACACCACCUCGCCCAUCCAGCGGUCCGUGUCGGAGAAGAACCGCAACAAGCACCGGCCGAAGCCGCAGAAGGGCACCGUGUGCCAGAGCGAGACGGACAGCGAGCGGGAGCGGGAUCCGCCGCCCACCAGCCAGCCGUGUGUGCAGCCGCGCAAGGUGAGCCGCAGUUCCAACAUCCAGCAUGCCGCCCACCAUCACAGUUCGCCCAAUGUGGCGCCGGACAAGCAGCGGGGCAGGCAGCGGGGCAAACAGGAGAGCAGCAUCUACGGCGCCAGCAGCGAAACGGAGCUGCUCGAGGGCGAAACGGCCAUCCUGCCCAUCUUCCGCAAGCUUCUCACCGAGAAGAGCCCCAACUACCGGGGUCGCAGCGCCGUCGGCCAGAGCUGCCCGAAUAUAUCCAUCAAAUGCGAUAUCGUCGAGUACUUGUAGGGAGGCCCAUACAUUAUGUAGUUGAACUCCUUAGCCCUAUUCCUAGAUCCAGUUGCAGUGUAAAGAGUACCUUUGUUUUUCCAUGUCGUGCAUCUACAUGCUACUAGUACACACACCGUUUAGAGAACUAUUAGCAACGACAUGAGAUAGUUGAAAAAUAAAUUACUAAUUAAAUUAA